CCAUUUUUCACUUUAGAUGUUACUAUAUAAACAGGUUGCAUAUAAAGAAUUUAGGUUUUUGUAUUUAAUGUAUUUUCAACUUAUUUCUCAAGAUCAAACGAAGUACAUUAUUGUUACAUAUGUAACAACGUAGCCAAUAUGGAUCAACUCUAUCUUGUUUUAUGAAAAUGUUUUUAUCAGAUCCCAAUCGAAACAACUAAAAAGCUUCGGUUCUUUGAUAAAAACUAUAGAAAAGAAGGUAAAAUAAUUUACGAUAUAAUAUACAACUUAGUUUUCAGGUCUAGCCUAUGAAAUUUACAGCCAACCAUCAGCAUUGCAGUCUGCUAGCCCUUUUUUAUCUUUGCAUAGAUGCACCAAACAAUGUUUUGGCUUAAAGCAAGUGCUGGCUUGAGGAUGCAUAAAUUAGACUCAUGUCAGCCAUUUGCUCCAACUUUCUAGGUUUUUUACAGCUUUCGAAAGAAAUGUAUCUGCAAUGGAUAUUUGGCAAUAACAGUGGAGCAGAUGGGCCUUAAAAGUAUCGAAAAACAUUAUGGAUCUGUUCUGAAAACAAAGAGCAACUUUUGAAAAGCUCUUGAGAACUUAUGGGCCGAAUAAAGAAAACUGUAGUUGGGGUUUUUAUUCUGCUUGGAUUACUAGCUGUUGCUGUUGUAGUGUACAUGAUUAUGCGUAUAAGGCGUAAGAAGAACGUGAAAGAUGAGCUGGAAGAAGAUGAAGUUGUGGCCGAAGAAGAGAGGCUCAUCAUACAGAAGGCUGUAACAGAUAAAACACCUUUGGCAGUGGAAAGAACAGAUAUGCUUUUCGAAGAGGAAGAUGAUAGUUUAAUGAUGUGUAAAAUGAAUGCCGAGUCUCAGAAGUAUGACCAACUAACACUGUGGAAAAAAUAUCAAAAAAUCAAAGCAGAGGAUCCUGAAAAAUCCUGCUCCAUCGAUAAUGGGAGAAUCAAAGUUGAAUUUUACCACCAAUCCUACGAACAAAUUUUCAAAAUGAAAAUCAUAAAUGCUAGGGGACUGAAAUGUAAUGUACCAAACAAAGAGCUUACAACAAGAAUCAAGGUUUUGCUGAUAACGCCAUUAAAGACUCGUCACAUUCCUAGAAGAACGGCAGCUAUUGAGAAUUCAAAUAACCCAGAUUUUAAUCAAAAGCUUGAUAUAAAACUUACGAGAAAAACAGCUCGCGAUUCCACUGUUGAAAUCAGUAUGUGGAGCAUUGAUGAUUUUUACAAGGAAAGUCUUCUUGGAGGUUUUCGAAUCGAGCUCAACAAGUAUGAUAUUUCACAACGAAAUAUUGUCGAAGAAGAAAUACAAGUCGAAUUUGAGGAACAAGAAAACCCAGGCUUUGUAUUGGUUUCUCUUGGCUAUAAAAAGGAAGAAGAAAAGUUAGUUGCAAUUGUAAUGAGAGGAAGAAUGCUGAAAUGUUCUGCCCAUGAAGAAUCUAUGCUACAAGAAACAAUAAAUCCCUAUUUCAAAGUUCUACUUUACUGUAACCGGAAGAAAAUAAAGAAAGAGAAGACUGAAACUAAACUGGAUCAAAUAAACCCUGUCUAUAAUCAGGUAAUGGAAUUCAUCCUUCCACAAAAUUCACUUUCCACAACAAAUCUUGUUUUUAUUGUCAUGCAUAAAGACGUCAGGACAGAUUCCAAGCAAAACAUAGGCCGAAUCAUCAUUGGUGCCAACGCCAAUGGACGCUGCUGGCAGCACUGGAGAAGAGCCAUUGAAGGGAAUGGGAAACUUUUUGCUGAUUGGCAUCAACUGUGUUUUGCGAGAAUGUUUGCAUUUGAGUCUUGCGCCAAGCAGGAGACCUUUGUGUGCAACUGCUCGUCAGUGUUAUACAAUGAGCCAGGGAUGAAAAUCAUAGAAAAUAAAACGUGCAUCUGCAUUCUUUCUUUUGCAUUUCUAUUAUCCGUAAUCCAGGCCGAAGUACUAUGGCCUUCAGGGACAUAUGGCUUACCUGAAGCUGUAACAGGAUGUCCAGAGUUUGGAGGCCAAGCCUGGCAACGAGGCUUCACAUAUCAUGACACAGCUGACGUUGAGCCUUCAAACAAGAGAUCUGCGAACUACCAUUUUGCUGGGAAUUUCUCGCAGCAUGGCAUUGAGCAAAGAUUUUGCAUCAAGGACAAGCCUGAAGGUGGAAGUGAAUUUUGGCCAGAAGGCAAAUAUUGCAUUUACAAGAAAGGCGUAUGCCCAAGUGGAAUGGAUGAGGGCUCUAUAAAAUGGGAUGACGAGCACUCUAAGAUUGAUCAAAGAAAUCGCCAUGUUGGAGCUUUGCCGGACGGUAACUACGACGAGACAUCAACGGAGAUCAAGUACUGCUGCAGCACAAAGGGUGACGUCAGCAAACCGGUCAGCCUACCAAAUACGAUGCCUUUCUAUUUACUGACAUAUGAUUCACCCACGUGUCAGAAGGUCGCUGGAAUGAAAGUUGCCAGUGAGUUUGUCAAGUAUGAUGAUAAUGACAAUGGCAAUACCAAUGGAGCUCUUGGAGCCCAUCCAUAUGGGCCAAGCGAAGAUAAAUACAACACAAAGAUAUAUUACUGUUACUAUGAGCCAGGAGAGGAGAGCACAGAUGACCUUGGAACGGGAAAGAGUAUCGCGGAUGACAAGGACCAUGCACCAAAAUCUUCAUCUGGCUUGGCAGUUGCAAUCGGUUGUGGAGUAGCUGGCGCCAUAGUGGGAACAGCCUCGAUCGUAUUUGCCACAAGAAGGAUCCUAGCUGCAAGAGGAAAGGGGAAUUUCGAUGGGAUGGAGGGGCCAAAACCCGAUGCUCCUUGA